AAGUUCCGCCCUUUUAGUUAUCGACGACUGUCCCCUUAACUCUGGAAACUUCUUUUCAUUCAACUUCUGUGCCCCCAUUCGCGACUGGUGCUUCACCGAGGUUAUUCCAAUUAUGCCUCCACCAGUACCCGUAAAUGCCAACCACUGUUAUGAAUCAUCUCUCUUCUUCCAUAGCUGACAUGGCCUUUUAAUCCAUUUAGAGAAAAAACGUCGCCCCCUCAAACGCUGUGCGCCAAUUCUGGUGUGAGAUCUGCAAGAAGGGCUAUCCUCGACAGCCUGAUUACGAGAACCACCUGCGCUCCUAUGAUCACAACCACCGCCAACGACUUGCCGAUAUGAAAAAGUUGACGGCACUCAACGACAGCGAUUCUAAGAAGCGUGGUCCGGAGGAUCUGCGGUCUGUACCACUUGACGGUCCUGGAAAGCAACCUGGUCUCGGACCGCGAUUCACAAAGGUUGCCAGUGAUGCUGGCUCGUCUCGCUUUAAGAAGGUUGGGACGAGUGCUAAAACUGGCGUCGCGGAGGAAACGGCAACCGAUGUUCACGAUCAAGGGACUGGCCAAGCCAAGCGUCCAGAGGAAUCUCUCAGCGUGCGGGAGAGUGUGGAGAAACAACCUGAUGAAAAUGUGAACCAAGAAAGUGAUGGCGAAGUCAUACCCUGGAUUCCUUAUGACUUUCGACAACACACCGGUUGUGACCGAGAAGACUGUAUAGCUCGUCUGGCCGUAGCUAGUGGCAACUUGGACAGUGACGAGGAGUGGUUUGUAUAGUUUGCUGCAAGAGGGAUUGCCCAUCCCUUCUGGCAAAUCGAGCCUUAAACCAUGUGGCAUAAUUGAUCGGCGUUGGAAAUCAAAGAAAUAUAUAUACCCCAGGAGCGUUUCAGCAGACCUAUUAGUUCAAAUAAAAUAUGUUCGGAGGGGACUCAGUACUUUAUAUCAACGUCAACGCGACGACCUCAUUACCGAUAUCAUUAUAGACACCAUAACUUCCAAGAGGGUGUGGCUAUCGU